CCGCACAGCCCCCGUCCUGCCUCCAGCCCCUCUCCUCCCCCUUUGGGAGGACCUGCCGGGGGUAUAUGCAUUUCCAGUCCCUGGGCUCCAGCACUAGGUAAGAUUUGCCACCUCUGGACUCUUCUUCUGUGUCUCCAGGAUCACAAUGUUUCAAAUUAAGAAGAUCUGCUGCAUCGGUGCCGGAUACGUGGGGGGUCCGACAUGCAGCGUCAUCGCUCAGAUGUGCCCCGAUAUCAAGGUGACUGUGGUGGACAUUAACGAGACUCGGAUAAAUGCCUGGAAUUCAGACACCCUCCCUAUUUAUGAGCCCGGACUGAAAGAGGUGGUCGAGUCCUGCCGAGGCAAGAACCUGUUUUACUCCACUGACAUUGAUGCAGCAAUACAAGAGGCUGAUCUCGUCUUCCUUUCUGUUAACACCCCGACAAAAACAUAUGGUAUGGGAAAAGGCCGAGCUGCAGAUCUUAAAUACAUUGAAGCAUGCGCCCGAAGGAUUGUGCAGAACUCAAAUGGAUACAAGAUUGUGACUGAGAAGAGCACGGUGCCCGUGAGGGCUGCAGAGAGCAUCCGCCGGAUCUUUGAUGCCAACACAAAACCCAAUCUCAAUCUCCAGGUGCUGUCUAACCCAGAGUUCCUUGCGGAAGGCACAGCUAUUAAGGAUCUUAAAAACCCUGACAGGGUCUUAAUCGGAGGAGAUGAGACCCCUGAGGGACAGAAAGCCGUGCGUGCUCUGUGUGCUGUAUAUGAACACUGGGUUCCUUCAGAGAAGAUUAUAACAACCAACACUUGGUCUUCUGAGCUUUCUAAACUGGCUGCUAAUGCGUUCCUUGCUCAGAGGAUUAGCAGUAUUAACUCCAUCAGUGCCUUAUGUGAGGCAACUGGCGCUGAUGUAGAAGAAGUGGCCAGAGCUAUUGGAAUGGACCAGAGAAUUGGAAACAAGUUCCUUAAAGCCAGCGUCGGUUUUGGUGGCAGCUGCUUUCAGAAAGAUGUCCUGAAUCUGGUUUAUUUGUGUGAAGUUUUAAAUUUGCACGAAGUUGCAAAAUACUGGCAGCAGGUCAUUGACAUGAAUGACUAUCAGAGACGUAGGUUUACCUCAAGGAUCAUCGAUUCGCUCUUCAACACUGUAGCAGACAAAAAAAUUGCUGUAUUAGGUUUUGCAUUCAAGAAGGACACCGGUGACACAAGAGAGUCCUCCAGCAUCUACAUUAGUAAAUACCUAAUGGAUGAAGGUGCCAAGCUGCACAUAUAUGAUCCCAAGGUACCAAGAGCACAGAUAGUCAUGGACUUAUCCCAGCCAGGAGUGGCCGCUGAUGACCGAGUGGAGAAGCUGGUCCACAUUUCCACAGAUCCAUACGAGGCCUGUGAAGGAGCUCAUGCUAUGGUCAUCUGCACAGAAUGGGACAUGUUCAAGGAAUUGGAUUUCCAUCGCAUUCAUUCUAAGAUGUUAAAGCCUGCAUUCAUAUUUGAUGGCCGCAGGGUUCUAGAUGACCUUCAUGGGGAGCUGCAGAACAUUGGAUUUCAGGUUGAGACCAUUGGGAAAAAGGUGGCGUCCAAGAGGAUCCCUUUCACACCGACGGCUGACAUGCCCAAGAUUAACCUUGGCGAUGUGCCUCACAAGAAAGCCAGAGUCUAAAUCCUGUGCUGACCAUAGCUUUACAUGAACUCAACUGCAACAGUAUAUGAACACGUCCUUUUAUCUGUCCGCUGGCUACUACACCUUCAGUAUGCUGACCCCCUUAAGCUGGCCAUACACAUUAAUGAUCCUCUCAAUAUGUAUGGGGGAUUCCUGUCUCUCUCUCUUGAUUGCAGGAGAAAGAAGGAUCAGGCAGUUGAAUUUCAACAUGCCCAAUCAUUUGGAGCCUAGCUGCUAGAAAUGUAGAAAUGUCUGCAGCAGCUUUUCCCUACUUCCCAUUCAUAAUACAAGUGGGUGGAGUAGGCAGGGAUAGCUGUCGGCUGAACGUAUGGCCAGCUUACCAGACCUAUUCUUUCUCCUUCUAGGUACGUGGCACUUGGUUAAUUACUUGAUGCAACCAGUAGAUAAUUUAUUUGUAUAUAAUUCACUUUGUCCAUUACACUUCCAAAAAUCCUCACGUCGUGAUCUCUAAAGACCAAACAAGCAUUUUUGAUAUAUUUUUUUUAUUAUAGACCUACAGAAUGUAACUCUUAAUUCUUUGAUGUGUAAUGGCUCAUGUAUAGAAAGAGGGCCCCCGCAGUAACUGUAUCCGGGCCCCUGUUUCACAUUGGGCCAGCAGGACUGGAUUUAGUGCAAUUCUUCUUGUAUACGGUUAUUUAUAAGGGACACUUUGUAUCAGAUCUAUUUUCGGAGGUUUUAUAUUUUUCUAAUCGGUUUUCACCAUUUAUCGUGCUGGGUCUGCUCCUGCCCCCAUUCACAGUGUUUGGGGAGCAGGAAUGCGACAGGUCUGCGGUCUGAUCAUGAAGAUCUUUGCAGUAUUUGAUAUGUAUCGACCUUGGUGACUAAGCCACUGGACAGUUAAACUUUUUUUGAACCAUAUAUUUUAUGUAUUAUCCCUUCUUCAGAUUAAAUUGAAUACACAAUAGCUGCUCAUUCGCACAAUGAAACAUUUUAUGGGAUAUUCCAGACCAUUAGCUUAAAACCAAACUUUCCAAAGACUGGGUGAAAAAAAAACUGGGAAAAAGUUGUGACUAUAAAUCCAAGAUCCCAAUCAUUGAGUAAUCAAUAAAUCAGUUUUACAGUGACUGAUGGUUUGGUAAACAGGACUAUAAAUGAAAUUAAUACAUUAGUCCCCAUUCUUUACACUUAUUAAAGGGGUAUUCCCAUCUUGUACAGUGAUGGAAUAUAGCUAGGAUAUGUUAUCAUGCUAUGAUCGGUAGGGGUCUGACCUCUGGCAGCACUGAUUCCAAAAUAUGCCCCCUUCACUGUUCUUUCCUGCAUGGUAGCACUCCUGACUGUGAAAGGUACUACAGCAGAUCCCAUGUAUUUGUAUGGGGCUGCACUGCAGGUUGGCAGGACGCACACAGCCGGUACACCAGUGAUGCAUCCCCUUCACUUUCAGGUGGAUGGACCUCUACUGAUAUCCUCAUGAUAUUCCAUCACUAUAAAAAAUGGGAAUACCCCGUUAAAUACAAUGUGGGGGCAGCAAAACUAGUGCAAGGGUAAAACAGCACAUUGCGCCUUUCAUUUUCCAAACUGCAUCUGAGCUGGACCUUGUUUGGCUGUUACGAGCCGCAGUGCGUGUCCUGCACCAGUAUCGAGCGGCUAGCCGGUCUAUUCUUUGCUGCUGUCACUGGAGGCAGACUGGUUCCUACAGAAACACUGCCCGACAGCUACAGCCUUUACUAUGGGGUUGUCGGCAAGAUGUCCCUCGUAACCAUCCUGCAGGUUUUCUGGUUACGGCAAUGUUAACACUUUUUUCCUGUCUUGCUGCCAUAUUGGUCAUUGUUCUUGUAAAGUGAAGCACUACUUUUUUGGAUCAUAACCAGCCCCCAAUCUAAUCUGUAUAGUGUAACGAUGGCUGAUUCCGAUGAUGCGAUUUGUAUAUUCCCGGUUCCCUCAUCGUGCUCCCACAAACUGGUAGUAAGAUGCAUCGAGAACCCACACAUUAUGGAGAGCCCUUCAGGGGGAGUCUUAAUGCCUUUUUAUUGCCUAUUUUCAGGAGCCCAGUGGAGGAAUGGGGUAUGGUGAUAUCAAUGACCUAUAGACGAUCGGUAAUCGUUACCUCAUACAAUGCUCACUGAAGUUUGGGGGGUGUUUAGGAGCUGACAGUCAUGUUGAGUAACCAUGGUUUUGCUUCACUAACAAUAUGAUGGGGGUCAUAGAAGUAAUUCUCUCUAGUGUCUAUGGGAUCAUGGUUAAGUCAAAUUUUUUUAUGUCAAAAUAAUUUCUAAAAUAAAGAAUUUGCAGCAAUAA